CCAUAUUGUCAAAUCACUUGAGUAGAACCUUGCGAGAAAAAUGUCUGGUCGUGGUAAAGGAGGAAAGGGACUUGGUAAAGGUGGCGCAAAGCGUCAUCGUAAAGUACUGCGAGAUAACAUUCAAGGCAUUACAAAGCCUGCUAUCCGUCGUCUAGCCCGCCGAGGUGGAGUGAAGCGAAUUUCUGGUUUGAUCUACGAAGAGACUCGCGGAGUGCUCAAAGUGUUUCUGGAGAAUGUUAUCCGGGACGCUGUCACUUACACAGAGCAUGCAAAGAGGAAGACCGUGACCGCCAUGGAUGUGGUAUAUGCCUUGAAGAGACAGGGUCGUACACUCUAUGGUUUUGGAGGUUAAGUGACGACUGAAGCUUUACAAAGCAAAACCCCCCAAAGGCUCUUUUCAGAGCCACCCA